AUGCAGAUCAAGUACAGGGUGCCGGAAGUGAACCGCACGGCGCCGGAAGCGGCCGGCAGAAGGGCCUCGUGGAGGAGACGCCAGCAUGGGGCAGUCGGGACGGGUGAGUCCCGGCACCAGAAGCGCGCUCGCGCCCAGGCUCAGCAACGCAACCUCGAGGCCUACGCCGCGCAGCCGCACUCGUUCGUGUUCGCUCGGGGCCGCACGGGUCGCGGCAUCCGGCAACUUAGCCUGGAUCUCCGGCGGGUUAUGGAGCCACUCACCGCCACCCGCCUGCAGAUACGAAAGAAAAAUUCUCUGAAGGAUUGUGUAGCAGUGGCUGGGCCCCUUGGGGUCACACAUUUCCUGAUAUUGAGCAAAACGGAGACCAAUAUCUACUUUAAGCUAAUGCGCCUUCCAGGAGGCCCCACCUUGACCUUCCGAGUCAACAAGUACACAUUGACGCGUGAUGUGGUCUCCUCACUGCGCCGCCACCGCAUGCACGAGCAGCAGUUCGUCCACCCUCCCCUCCUGGUGCUCAACAGCUUUGGUCCCCAUGGCAUGCACGUGAAGCUCAUGGCCACUAUGUUCCAGAACCUCUUUCCCUCCAUCAACGUGCACAAGGUGAACCUGAAUACCAUCAAGCGCUGCCUUCUCAUCAACUACAACCCUGACUCCCAGGAUCUGGAUUUCCGCCACUAUAGCAUCAAAGUCGUUCCUGUGGGUGCAAGUCGUGGGAUGAAGAAGCUUCUCCAAGAGAAGUUCCCCAACAUGAGCCGCCUGCAGGACAUCAGCGAGCUGCUGGCCACGGGUGCAGGGCUGUCAGAGAGUGAGGCAGAGCCUGAUGGAGAGCACAAUAUUACGGAGCUGCCCCAGGCUAUUGCGGGGCGUGGCAACAUGCGGGCCCAGCAGAGCGCUGUGAGGCUUACUGAGAUCGGGCCUCGGAUGACGCUGCAGCUUAUCAAGAUCCAGGAGGGCGUUGGGGAGGGGAACGUGCUCUUCCAUAGUUUCGUGCACAAGACAGAAGAGGAAUUGCAGGCCAUACUGGCAGCCAAGGAGGAGAAGCUGCGACUCAAGGCCCAGAGGCAGGACCAGCAGGCCCAGAAUGUCCAGCGUAAGCAGGAACAGCGAGAGGCCCACAGGAAGAAGAGCCUAGCAGGCAUGAAGCGGGCAAGGGCAGAGGCCGAUGGGGAUAGUGAUGCUGAGGAUCCCGGGGCCCCCCCCGAGGCAGAGGGGGCUGUCCAGCAGGAGGAGGAGGAUGAAGCUGAGUAUUUCCGCCAGGCAGUGGGCGAGGAGCCUGAUGAAGACAUGUUCCCAAAGUCCCGGCGGAGACGGCCCACUGGGCCCCCAAGCAAGAAGCGGCAGGUAAAACAGCGGAGACCAGACCGUAGCAGUGACCAGAGACCUCCAAAAGCCAAGGGCAGGCCCUGGGGGACCCAGGCCAAGCUGGGGCCUCGAGGGGCUGCUCAGGACUGUGGCCGAGGCCGAGCACAGCCACCUAAAAGAGUGCACAGUGCAGCUCUGAAGGCAGGAGCCACAUUGAGGAACAGGGUUCACUCAGCAAUACCCUCAUCCACAGGUGUCCCACACUGCCCAGCCAACAUCUCGGCAGCUGCUGACCAAAUCCUCAGUGGCUUCCAGGAAGGUUUCCUGUGGCCUGUGCUGGUGACUGAGUUUCUGGUGGCAGUGGCUGGUAACAGCCUGGCCCUUUACCGCUUCGGCACACAGGAACAGCGCCCAUGGCACCCAGCUGCGGUCUUCUCAGCCCAACUGGCUGUCUGCGACCUGCUCUACGCCCUGACAUUGCCCCCACUGGCUGCCUACUUCUACCCACCCAAACACUGGCGCUAUGGGGAGGCUUUGUGCCGCCUGGAGCGUUUCCUCUUUGUCUGUAACAUGCUGGGCAGCGUCAUCUUCAUCACCUGCAUCAGCCUCAACCGUUACCUGGGUGUCGUGCACCCGUUCUUCACCCGCAGUUACCUGCGGCCCAAGCACGCCUGGGCUAUUAGUGCUGUAGGCUGGGUGCUGGCAGCCCUGCUGGCUGCACCCACACUCAGCUUCUCCCACCUGACGACACCACAGCAGGAAGGCAACUGCACUGUGGCGAGGCCUGAGGCCUGCAUCAAGUGCCUGGGAACUGCGAGUGACAACCAGCUGGAGGCCUACACAGCCUACAGCCUGGUGCUGGUGGCACUGGGCUGUGGGCUGCCACUGCUGCUCACCCUGGCAGCAUACAGCGCCCUCGGGCGGGCCAUGCUGCGCAGCCAUGGCAUGACAGCAGCCGAGAAAAUGCAUGUGGCAGUACUGGUGGCCAGUGGUGUGGUGCUCUAUGCUAGCUCCUAUGUGCCCUACUAUGUCACAAAGGUAAUCAACAUCUUUGCCCGGAAGCAGUGGAGAAACCGCUGCCCAUCCUUUGUCGACAUAGCUCAGGCUGUGGAGGCACUGGACCUGAGGUCAUAUGUGGGCCAUCAAGUGACGCGGGGCCUUGUGCCCCUGGCCAUCUGCAUCCACCCACUGCUCUACAUGGCUGUAGCACCCAGCAUAGGCUGCUGCCCUGGCUGCAGGGAGGGCCAGGCCCCAGAGAACACUGAGAGCUCUAGCCAAGCCCUGCCCCUAAAUGUCACAGCCACCAAAACCUUGGGGCCCCAGUCCCCUGAGCUGAGCCCAUGACCCAGCAGCAGAACCCAAGCCACUUAUGCAACAAAGGCCUGUCAUGGAGCAGGAAGCACCCAGGCCAAAGUGGCAAGAAUUUCUGCCCACAG